AUGUUUGCUAAACUUUAGUUUUUUUUCGUCAUAAUUUUUAGUCGCGAAAUAAAAUAAAAUGUCUUUAUCAAGUUUACUUCCUGCUCCACUUAAUAAAGUAUUCGACAGAGACGAUGAAAAAACAGUAGUGAAGGUAAAUUUAGGAGCGCUUCAAAAUGCCAAGUCCACAGCACCUCCUUAUGGUGCUAGACGAGGAUUUAUACCAAGAACAGAAAACGACUAUGGUGAUGGUGGAGCAUAUCCCGAGAUUCAUGUCGCUCAAUAUCCAUUGGGAAUGGGAGCACCAAAUACUGGUGGAAAAAAGUCAAAUGCACUUGCACUUCAAACAGACAGCACUGGAAAGAUCAAAUACGAUAUCAUAGCUAAACAGGGACAUGCAAAAGAUAAGAUUGUCUACUCAAACAUAAAUCAAUUACUUCCAGCAGAAGUUUUAGCUGAAGAUGCUGAAGAAUUGCAGCGACCAUCAGAAGAGGAGAUCCAGGACAUCACAGAAAGUACAAGAAGAGCAUUAGAGAAAUUGACGAAUCAAAAGAUUGCUGCUGCAAUGCCUGUGAGAGCAGCAGAAAAAGCCGGACCUGCUCAGUACAUUCGUUACACUCCUGCACAACAAGGAAAUGGACAAUUUAAUUCGGGAGCUAAGCAACGAGUCAUUCGGAUGGUGGAAGCUCAAGUUGAUCCUUUGGAACCACCAAAGUUUAAAAUUAAUAAGAAAAUUCCUCGAGGACCGCCGUCACCGCCAGCUCCUGUUCUUCAUUCACCAUCUCGAAAAGUCUCAGUUAAAGAACAAAAAGAGUGGAAAGUUCCUCCUUGUAUCAGUAACUGGAAGAAUGCAAAAGGUUAUACGAUUCCUCUCGAUAAACGUUUAGCUGCUGAUGGUCGUGGCUUACAACAAGUUCACAUAAAUGAAAAAUUCGCCAAAAUGGCUGAAGCACUCUACAUUGCUGAUCGCAAAGCGCGAGAUGCUGUUGAAGCUCGAGCACAACUUGAGAAGAAAUUAGCACAGAAGGAAAAAGAGAAGAAGGAAGAACAAUUACGACAAAUGGCACAACGAGCACGUGAAGAACGAAAUGGUUUACGUCAUCCAACAGCAGGCGAUGCUGAAGUGUCAGCUGAAGUCCGUGAACGUGAUGAGAUUCGCGAUCAAAGACAUAAAGAACGUGCUCGUGAUCGCAAUCUAGCAAGAGCAGCACCCGAUAAGAGAUCGAAGCUUCAGAAAGAACGUGAGCGUGACAUUAGUGAACAGAUUGCUUUGGGAAUGCCAGCAAAGACGCAGUUCGGUGGUGAAAGCCAAUUUGAUCAGCGAUUAUUUAAUACAACUAAAGGUAUGGAUUCUGGAUACGGUGACGAUGAAGGUUACAACGUUUACGAUAAACCAUGGCGUGAAAGUGGAACUUUGGGCUCUCAUCUUUAUCGUCCGAGCAAACAAAUCGAUCAAGACAUUUACGGUGGUGACUUGGAGAAAAUUGUUAGCACAAGUCGAUUUGUUCCUGAUAAAGAAUUCUCAGGAACUGAUCGAUCAGCACAGAAUCAGCGUCAAGGACCAGUGCAGUUCGAGAAAGAGGACGAUAUCUUCCAACUUGAUAAAUUCUUGGACACAGCUAAGAAAGGAUCGAAACGGAAAGAUGACGGGCCGAGUUCGAGUAAAUCGUCAGAUCACAGCGAAAAGAAAAGGCGUCGUGAUUAAAUUUUCUUUCAUUAUUCAAUAAUUUCUUUUAUAAUUUAAGAUUGAACAUUUCUUUAUAUGUUACCUGACAUAAUCUGGUAGUUGAAAAGCACUGAAAGAAAUAAAUAAAAAACUUAAAAUCAA